AUGGGUUCUCCGGCCCUGCGGCUGUGCGCUCUCUUCUGCCUGGCGGCUCACUGGGCUUCUGGCAGCCCCAUCAUGAGUCUUGAGCAGUCACCUCUGGAAGAAGACAUGCCCCUCUUCGAAGACGUCUUCUCCGAGCAAGAUGGUGUCGACUUGGAUGCGCUUCUGCAGAGCAUGAAAAACGAGUUUCUCAAGACGUUGAACCUCUCUGACAUCCCGCUGCAGGAUCCGGCCAAAGUGGAUCCACCGGAGUACAUGCUGGAGCUUUACAACAAGUUUGCCACCGACCGGACCUCCAUGCCGUCCGCCAACAUCAUUCGGAGUUUCAAAAAUGAAGAUCUAUUUUCCCAGCCUGCCAGUUUUAACGGGCUCCGAAAAUAUCCUCUCCUCUUCAAUGUGUCCAUUCCUUACCACGAGGAGGUCGUUAUGGCUGAACUCCGGCUGUACACCCUGGUGCAAAGAGACCAAAUGCUCUACGAAGGAGUCGACCGGAAAAUCACCAUUUAUGAAGUCCCAGAGGACAGAGAGGACGGGGGACGUGAAAGCAACAUGCUGGUGUUGGUGUCUGGGGAGAUCUAUGGGACCAACAGCGAGUGGGAGACUUUUGAUGUCACAGAUGCCGUCCGGCGUUGGCAAAAGUCCGACACGUCCAACCACCAGCUGGAAGUCCACAUUGAGAGCAGACAGGAGGAAGUGGGGGACCUCGGCAGGGGACAGCUGGAAAUAGACACCAGUGCCCAGAAUAAGCAUGUGCCUUUGCUAGUGGUGUUUUCUGAUGACCAAAGCAGCGGCAAGGAGCAGAAGGAGGAACUGGAUGAAAUGAUUUCUCAUGAGCAACUGCUGGAGCUGGGCAACCUGGACCUGGAUGGCUACUCCAGCGGUCCCGGGGAGGAAGCUUUGCUGCAGCUGCGGUCCAACAUCAUCUACGACUCCACCGCCCGGAUCCGAAGGAAUGCCAAGGGAAACUACUGCAAACGGACCCCGCUCUACAUUGACUUCAAGGAGAUCGGGUGGGACUCCUGGAUCAUCGCUCCGCCUGGAUAUGAAGCCUACGAAUGCCGCGGGGUCUGUAACUAUCCCCUGGCCGAGCAUCUCACCCCCACGAAGCAUGCCAUCAUUCAGGCCUUGGUCCACCUGAAGAAUUCCCAGAAGGCUUCCAAAGCCUGCUGCGUGCCCACGAAGCUAGAACCCAUCUCCAUCCUCUACUUAGACAAGGGCGUCGUCACCUACAAGUUUAAAUACGAAGGCAUGGCUGUCGCUGAAUGUGGCUGUCGAUAGGGGAGGCGUCCUCUGGCUUAUUUAACAACUGUAAAUGUGUACA